UGAGGUUUGGGUUCCCUGCACGCCUUCAUCACGACCAGGGUAAGGAAUUUCAAAAUAAGCUGUUUGCUAAACUACAAGAAUACAGUGGGGUUAAGGGGUCCAGAACCACACCAUAUCACCCACAGGGGAACGGCCAGGUUGAAAGAUUCAACAGGACACUUUUGGCCAUGCUCAGAAACUUACCAGAGACUGCCAAAGCAGAUUGGAAAGCGUCACUUGCAAAAUUGGUUCAUGCAUUUAACUGUACUCGCAGUGAGGCCACGGGCUAUGCACCUUAUUUCCUCUUAUUCGGUCGUAACCCUAGACUUCCUAUUGACCUUAUGUUUGGCAUUACACCAAAAGAUCAAGGUUCAUCGCACAGCGACUACGCUGAGAAAUGGAGGGCAAGAAUGACUGAAGCUUACAAGCUGGCUUCCAACUCGGCAAACAAAGAGGCAUUGAGAGGUAAAGUCCUCUAUGACAGAAAAGUUCAUGGUGCAGAGUUGUCUUUUGGAUGCAGGGUGCUGGUUCGAAAUCUGACUGAAAGAGGUGGUCCGGGAAAGUUGAGAUCAUUCUGGGAAGAUAAAGUGUAUGUUGUGACACAAAAGAAACAUCCAGACAGUCCGGUAUAUGAGCUCAAACCAGAGAACGGCAAGGGACGUUGUAGGAUCCUGCACAGGAAUCUUCUGCUGCCAUGCGACUUUCUCCCUGUGGAAAAAGUGGACUUACCUCUGGAACCUGUAAAAAGGAAAAAGAGACACAACAAGAGCAAACACAAAGAGCAAGAACAGAGCUCAGAGGAUGAAAAUGAGGAUGGAUGGACAUCCAUUAUUGGACUACGACAAAGAGCCAGUGGACAUGGUGAAGAUCAUCUGAAUGUGGAAGCACCAGAGUUUUAUCCAAGCAACGGAGAAGCAGCAGAGAUGGAACACAAUGAAGACAAUGGAAUAAGACGAGACCUGGCAUCAGAUGGAGAAGAAAUCAGGGCAUCAGAGCAGGACACUGAGGUAUCUGACACUCAGAGUGAAGAGGGGUCUCCUGAAUCUGCACCCAGUGAUGAGGAGGAAGAUCCUGCUGAUCCUCCUGCCAUGGAGAAUAAGUAUCCUUUGAGAACAAGAAAACCAAAAAUGAUAUUUACAUAUCAUAAGUUAGGGCAGCCUACCAUGUCACAUGAUUAAGUGCAAAGAUAAUACAUAAGGAUAGAUUGAGCAUGUGUUAUGAAUAAUUUGCUGUUGUGUUCAGAGUAAAAGCAAAAUAUUUAUAAUCAGUUAACAGUAAAGUUAUACUUGAGCAAUGUGGAAUUACAGUUGUUAAUGUUAAACAAGUAAUGACUACUAAUUUGUUGGUUAAAAAGUGUAUGACACUAAGACAGACUUAAUCAAAGAAAGUGUACCACAUGUUGGCUUAGAUAGGAGGUUAUUCCUGUGUAAAGUACCUUACUCUCAGGGAAGAUGCAGAUAUCCUCGCUUAUAGCGAAGUGGCAGUGGGCUGUUAUCGUGCACAAAUACACCUGCUGCAGACAUAUGGCAUUAACAGGAGAUAUAUGUCAUAUUUGGGACUGUGGACAGUCAUGCAUCUUUAUGGACACAUAUGUACUCUGACUCCUUGGAAAUAACUUUCUUACAUGCCAUGCAUAGAUGUCACAUGUGGACUAUUGAAAUCAUAAUGUGGUUUGGUAAUAGAAUGUCAGGGACGACAUCACUUUUUGGAGGGGAGAAUGUGAGAAUAGCGUGUUAGAUAAGUACACCCCCCCCAUUUCGCCAUAAUUAGUUGAACAGUCAUUCUUCUUGUUUUUGUUUCAUUUUGUAAACAUUGUGCUCCAUUUACCUUUACACAGGCAUAGAAUGUAAUACAUGUAGUACUUAAUUUCCGCCACAGGGUGGCGGUGAUCUAUUGGUGCACUCUGUCCCGUGAAAGCUACACAUUUUGUAGAGCAGUGUUGAAACAUGGCGGACAGAACGUGUCUUAACCAAAUGUGUACUUUGCCUGUGUAUGUUUACAGAACUCAUUAAAGGAACUACUCUUCAAGUCACGCUUGAGUU